AUUUUUAGUAAAAAUAAAGGAGGAAAAAUAUAUUUAACUCAAAAUAUUUUUGCUGCAAGUGUUCUAAAAGAAUUGGGAAUCAAAUUCGAAAGACGAUCGAUAUAUAGAGGAGAAAGAAGAGAGGGAGAGGGAGAGGGAGAGAUGGAUCCAGACGUGUUGGCAAAGGCAUUUGUGGAGCACUACUACACAACAUUCGAUAACAACCGUGGUGGACUCGCCACUCUUUACCAAGAAGGUUCCAUGCUCACUUUCGAAGGUCAGAAGAUUCAAGGUUCCCCCAACAUCGUUGCCAAACUUACUUCCCUUCCUUUCCAGCAGUGUCAUCACUCCAUCACCACCGUCGAUUGUCAACCUUCCGGUGCCAACGGCGGCAUGCUUGUCUUCGUCAGCGGUAAUCUUCAACUCGCUGGUGAACAACACGCCCUCAAAUUCAGCCAGAUGUUCCAUUUGAUGCCAACACCGCAAGGAAGCUAUUAUGUGAUGAAUGACAUAUUUCGUUUGAACUAUGCCUAAAGAUAGACCAUCAAAUAUAUGACCUGAAAGGCCACAAAAGAUGUUUGCUUAUAACUGUUUCAGAUUUCACAUUUGAAAAUGGAUUCAUUUUGGUUGGUUGUGUUAAAUGCUUAAUUGUGCAUGUUGUGUUUAGAAGUUUCUGUUGUGAUUUGUCAGAAAACAGCUUCACGGAUAAAUUUCCGAAAUAUUUACUGGGUAUGGGUGAUUUAAAACCCAAUAUAUUUCUGAUUGGGACCCGUUCAUCUCUAUUCAGUUUACCUCUCAACAAAUUGGUUUAUGCAAGUUAUCACAA